AGUAAGGAGAGAGGGGCAAAGAAAGAGGAAAAGAGUGCGAGGGAGUGAGGGAGGGAGGAAAAUAAACAACAAAAAAAUGUCCUCUUCCUCCCCCACCGGGCAGAUCGCAAGUGCGGCGGACAUCAAGCAGGAGAAUGGGAUGGAAACCGCCUCGGACGGGCAGGAGGCGCCCCGAGAAGCGGCGGGGGGCGCGGCGGCGCGGCUCACCCCCCCGGCUCCAGCCCCGUUCCCUCUGGAGCCGGGGGACGCCGCGGCCGCCGGGCUGAGCGGAGAGGAAGGGGCGGCGGCCGAUCAGGUACAACUCCACUCGGAACUUCUGGGCCGGCACCACGCCGCCGCCGCCGCCGCCACCCCUCUGGCCUUCUCGCCCGACCACGUCGCCUGCGUGUGCGAGGCGCUGCAGCAGGGGGGCAACCUGGACCGCCUGGCCCGGUUCCUGUGGUCCCUGCCCCAGAGCGACCUGCUACGUGGCAACGAGAGCCUGCUGAAGGCGCGGGCGCUCGUGGCCUUCCACCAGGGCAUCUACCCCGAGCUCUACAGCAUCCUGGAGAGCCACAGCUUCGAGUCGGCCAACCACCCGCUGCUGCAGCAGCUCUGGUACAAGGCGCGCUACACCGAGGCCGAGCGCGCCCGCGGCCGGCCGCUGGGCGCCGUGGACAAGUACCGGCUGCGCAGGAAAUUCCCGCUGCCCCGCACCAUCUGGGACGGCGAGGAGACGGUGUAUUGUUUCAAGGAGAAGUCGCGCAACGCGCUCAAGGAGCUCUACAAGCAGAAUCGCUACCCCUCGCCCGCCGAGAAGCGGCACCUGGCCAAGAUCACCGGCCUCUCCCUCACCCAGGUCAGCAACUGGUUCAAGAACCGCCGGCAGCGCGACCGGAACCCGUCGGAGACCCAGUCCAAAAGUGAGUCCGAUGGCAAUCCCAGCACUGAAGAUGAGUCCAGCAAAGGACAGGAGGACCUGUCUCCUCACCCUCUCCCGGGGUCCUCCGACACCGUCACCAACCUCAGCCUGUCCAGUCACAUGGAGCCCGUGUACAUGCAACAGAUUGGAAAUGCUAAGAUAUCGUUAAGCUCUUCUGGAGUUUUGUUGAAUGGAAGCUUAGUACCUGCAAGUACUUCGCCUGUUUUCCUUAAUGGUAAUUCUUUCAUUCAGGGACCCAGUGGAGUCAUCCUAAAUGGAUUAAAUGUGGGAAAUACACAGACAGUGUCCUUGAACCCACCAAAAAUGUCAGCCAACAUUGUGAGCAAUGGUAUCUCCAUGACGGACAUCCUGGGGCCUACCUCCCAGGAUGUGAAGGAAUUCAAAGUGCUGCAGAGUUCUGCAGCCAACUCGGCAGCCACCACCUCCUACAGCCCCAGUGCCCCAGUGUCAUUCCCAGGGCUGAUCCCCAGCGCCGAGGUGAAAAGAGAAGACAUUCAAACAGUGGCUUCCCAGGAGGGAAGCUCUGUGGUGACUUUCACGACCCCAGUGCAAAUUAACCAGUACGGCAUUGUCCAGAUCCCCAAUUCCGGAGCCAACGGCCAGUUCCUUAAUGGGAGCAUUGGAUUCUCUCCACUGCAGCUGCCUCCUGUCUCAGUGGCAGCUUCUCCAGGUAAUAUUUCCGUAAAUUCAAGCACUUCAGACAGGAGCACAUUUACCAGCGAAUCCGCCCCAGUGCAGCAGGGCAAGGUUUUCUUGAGCUCUCUGGCUCCCAGUGCAGUGGUAUACACUGUUCCUAAUUCUGGCCAGACUGUGGGAUCUGUGAAACAGGAAGCCUUGGAGAGGAGCCUGGUGUUUUCCCAGUUGAUGCCCGUCAAUCAGAACGCACCAGUAAAUGCAAACCUGCCAUCUGAAAACCUCUCGGGGAGUGGCCUCCACCCACUGGCCUCCUCGUUGGUGAAUGUGUCCCCAACUCCCAGUUUUUCCCUGACUCCCCCUGCACUGCUAACUUCCACUGAGCUCAACCCUGACAUUGCCGAUAACCAGCCCAUGCCUGCACCUGUGGCAGGCAAAUCCGCAGGGACGGCAGUCAGCAGCGCUAACUAUGCAACUCUUCAGAACUGCUCCCUCAUUACUGGUCAGGACCUGUUGUCCGUGCCUCUGACCCAGACUGCCCUGGGGGAAAUUGUUCCUACCUCGGAAGACCAGGUGGGCCACGCCUCCCCGGCAGUGCACCAGGAUUUUGUCGGAGAGCACCGUUUGGUUCUGCAAUCAGUAGCUAACCUAAAAGAGAAUUUCUUACCAAAUUCUGAGAACAAAGCAACAAGCAGCCUAAUGAUGCUGGACGCCAAAUCUAAAUAUGUCCUGGACGGCAUGGUUGAGACUGUGUGUGAAGACCUGGAAACAGACAAAAAAGAGCUUGCCAAGCUCCAGACCGUCCAGCUGGAUGAAGAUAUGCAAGACUUAUAAACUCCGCGGGCCCCUCCCCUCCCUUUUCGGCAUCAGGGGCAGAUGUUUGCCCGAAGCCCUGAGGACACAAAGCAUUUCCCCAUUCAAAGGAAAACACUACUUUUGCAAGCAAAUGCAUUCGAGAGACUUUAGAUCUACAUGAAGAUCACAGUUAAAUAUAUAGAGUAGAGCUGCAUUACUGCAGCCUUUCUGUUCACGGAGGAUGAUCUCUCUUAAACAGGUGGAGACAGAAGAAUCAGAUGAAAUGUCUCCAGGCAAAGUGUACCCUUCGGUGGACAAUACCAUUCUAAAGUGAAAAUGGAACUUGAUAAUUUUUUAAAUUAAAAAUGUAUACACGUAACAUAGAAAACUAAAUAUAGCUGCAGACCAUUAGAAACAAUGCAAUUAUUUUUGUUUACUUUUAUUCCAUGGGCAUUGAUAAAGUUAAGCAUAAAUGGUACUCCAAACUGUUCUAAGGGUGUCUUUUUAAAGUUCAGUAGCUUAAUUAUGUAUUUGUGUGUAGGUAGUCAGAGACACACUUCUCUUUUUCAGCAUUUUUGGUUUAGGUCUCUACACAUUUCCAAAUGUGAUUGCUUCUAGCUCAGUGUGGCUGAGCAAGUUGGAAACCCCACGAAAACUCUGAAACAAACUUCAGUGUGAAUGUAAAUAUAUCAGUUCUAUACACAGGCUUUGAGUAAUUACAGUGAAUUUUAUUUAUACUGUAUAUGUUCCUGUUACACUUCAGGCGCUAUGAACUGAAAAGAAAAAUGUUUUCUUACUGUUUAAUUUAUUUUUAUUGUUUGAACAGGAAGUGAACAUAGUUGUUUCCAACGAAGUUUUACUUUUUGUAGGAUUUUAAAAACAAUGAUUUUUUUAUCAGGAGUCUCUUAAGGUCAAUGUUAAUAACACUGAAAACCAGAAAUCUAACUCCCAAUAUUGGAAUUUUGGUACUUUUUUUCAAAUCUUUGUUCUUUAUUUAGCAACUCUGAUUCAUUUAAGUAUGUUUUCUAUAGAAUUCUACGUGCCUUGUUACCUUGUGGCCUUUUAAUUAGCAGUAAGGUACGAACUGUCCAUGGAAGCACUGAUGGUUCUUUUCUACUAUCUAACAGGGUUAAUUUCACCACAAAAUUACUUUAUAACUGAGGAAGUUAAGUUUCACUAAAUUUUAAGUAUAAAGUUGAUCAUGCAAAUUGAUGAACAGCUAAUUAUUGUUGCUACUUUCUAUUAUAUUGAAAAUAAGAAUAGCAUUGUAGAUACCAUGUAAAAGCAAUUCUUCAGGCUAUGAAAACCAUUGUAGAGUAAAAAAAUAAUAUGUAAAUUCUCUUGAGCAAAAUCCUGUUGAAACUUCAUUCUAAAUGUUUUGAAUCAGUUGUUACACAAUGAUACAUGACUGUUUUUUGCACUAUAUUAUCGUGUCUUCUUUAAAAGUAAAUAUUUUGGGUUUCUGUAAGAAGCUUGUUUGAUGUUAGGAGCUGUGGUGGUAGUUUUUAUCAGGACUCACUGCAAGGUGUAACAACGCAAUUACAAGUGUGUAGGGAGGAAAGUUACUCUGUGGUCUUGCAAGAAAAGCUAGAAAAGUAUCUCUUCAGAGAUGACGACGUUGUUGAACAUGAACGUGUCUCCACUUCUUGCUUUCGUUAAGGUCAGAGCAGAGGGUCCACUCUGGAUCUCUCCAUGCCCAUCGGCUGAGCACGUGGAGUAAGGGGGCAGAGAGAGUUCUCCUUGUGGUGUUCUUGUAGACGGAACCUUCAAGCCUCUGUUGACAGCCCUAUGACUUCCCCUCUCUGCUGUUUGGAAAAAGAACUUACAUCCCAUGUGUUAUGGAAUUGGUGAAUAUUCAUAAUCUGCUGAAGUUCUGUGUUUUCUGUUUUGUUUUUUUGCAGUCAGGUGAUUUAGGGUUCUGCUCCACUCCACCACUACUUAACACAGCUUGCUUUUUCCCAGGGUGUGUGCCGAUCGCAUUACCGAGAUGAAUGACAUGGUUCUGUAGUGUAGUUUACAUGAAAAUAAGAUUUUCCACUUGAUUGCUACAGAUAUCAAUAGUACCCAUCCAACAAAGGAGAUGGGGACAUUUAAUAAGUUAUAUAUAUUAUAUGUAUAUAACUGGAAAAGUUUUAUGUCUUCCAAAAUAUAUAAGCUUCUCUUUUAUUCAGAGUUCUUCCUCUUUUCUCCCUUGCGAGAAAGAAAAGAUAGCACAAAACUUAAGACUUACCUAGGAAACUCAUUCAUUCUCCUAACAUGAUGUAAUUUUAACCCUACAAUUACUCCAGGUAGCUAUCCAAUAUUCCAGGUAAGACUCAAUGCACAUUACAAAGAACGUACUGUGUUGGUCUGUAGCCCAUGUAUAUGUGAAUGGAAUAAGAUAAACCCCAUGACCUCCUUGCACAAAAUUGCAAAUGUGUUUGCAAUGCCAAGGGCCGGCCUCAGAAACCCUUGGAGUUCAUGUGGCAGAAUUUCCCUCUUACAUAAACCAAUGCUUGAAGAUGCUGCAACAGACCCCCUCCUGACCCCCGAAGAGGACUCAGAGUAGGGGCGAAUAACUCCCUUCAAACCCAACCCCUGCUUCUGGCUGUGGGAUUUUUGGUGUGAGCCUAUCUAUGCACUCUAUCAGCCAGCAUUUGGCAUUUAGCUCUUAGUUCUAUCUAGUGAAGGACAGUCUCUUUAGAGAGGUGCACUUGUUCCGCAGCCAAGCAAGAGCACCUGUGUUACACUACUUUGUAUCGUGUAUAUUGACAGUAAAGACUUUGGAUUAUACACUUUUCAGUGCCUUUCUUGUGUUAUGAAAGGCGGGUAGAUGUUAUAGCCAUAGGUAAAAAUCCAGUUAAAUUGCACACUAACCUUCAGUCUCCCUGUAUAUGCCCUUGUAUCUUGCAUGUGAAAAGUUGCAUUAGUGGGCACGUGUGGCAGCCUUCCCUGCCACAUGCUAGGCAUGUGUGCAUUAGUAGUACGUAGCCACAAGUUCUUCACUUAAAACACGUUGACAGAUGAUCUCAUAAAACAUUCAGGAAAGCUGGGAAAAGGAUUUCAUUUUACAAAAGAUGUUUCAAAGUCUUCCUAAAAGGUAGUCAGUAGAGCUUAAAAGUUAUUUUGUAUCUAAUUGGUACAUUUCGUGUUAAUUGAAUAUUACUACCGUACAGUUUAUUAAUCAGAAUUGUAUAGCAUGUGACGCUUGCCUUUCAGGGUUCUCAAAAAAAUUUUGUUUUUUAUUCUUUCGUUGCAUGUACUGUAUCUUUAGAGGCAGCCAGUUAUAUACUCAGUAUGGUUUUACUGUGCCUUACACAAAGAGAAACUCUAUACAGAAUGUCUAUCCUGGGGUGGGGUGACUGAGUCUUUACUGCACUGUUAGGUGAUGGCACACAGAGCCUGUCCCAGGACACUCCUGUGCUCAAUUACCCAACCAAAGAGAUCUAGAGUAUGUAUGUUGUACUGUAAUGGGGGGUUAUGCCUGGACAAUUAAGUGUUUUAUUUGUUUUCUGAAAUGAUGUGAACUUAUUUUUCUAAACACUAUGCUAAAUAAACUUUAU